GGGGGCGUGCCCGCGAUGCGCGCUGCGCAAGCUGCUUGUUGUUCCCGCAGAGAGGCGAGAAGAUGGCGGCCGUGUCAAGCGGAGGUGCUGCUGGGUCCGCUGCGGCCGGGAUUACGCACACUGCCCGACCGACCCACGCGGGCAUGGGCUCCCAGAACCGAGCCCAGCCGUCCUCCGGCAUCAACCACCCCAGUCGCACCGGCACGGCCCCCGGGUGCAUCGCCAGUCCUGGCCAUACUUCGGUCACCAGGCCCCCCCCAGCCCGGGUGGGCCACUACGAAAUCGAGCGGACCAUCGGCAAGGGAAAUUUCGCGGUUGUCAAACUAGCCACACACAUCAUUACCAAAGCGAAGGUGGCUAUUAAAAUAGUGGAUAAGACCCAGCUGGACGACGAGAACCUGAAGAAGAUUUUCAGAGAGGUGCAAAUCAUGAAGCUGCUGAAGCACCCCCACAUCAUCCGCCUCUACCAGGUGAUGGAGACGGAGCGGAUGAUCUAUCUGGUAACGGAGUACGCCAGCGGGGGAGAGAUAUUCGACCACCUGGUGGCUCAUGGCCGCAUGGCGGAAAAGGACGGCAGGAAGAAGUUCAAACAGAUUGUGGCAGCGGUCCAUUUCUGUCACUGCCGCAACAUCGUCCACAGAGACCUGAAGGCGGAGAACCUGCUGCUGGACCACAACCUCAACAUCAAAAUCGCAGAUUUUGGAUUCAGCAACCUGUUUGCUCGAGGACAGCUGUUGAAGACGUGGUGCGGCAGCCCUCCCUACGCCGCGCCAGAGCUCUUCGAGGGCAAGGAGUACGACGGGCCGAAAGUCGACAUAUGGAGCUUAGGUGUGGUGUUGUACGUGUUGGUGUGCGGCGCCCUGCCUUUCGACGGCAGCACUCUGCAGAACCUGCGCGCGCGCGUCCUCAGCGGCAAGUUCCGCAUCCCCUUCUUCAUGUCCACAGACUGUGAGUACCUGAUCAGACACAUGUUGGUGCUGGAGCCCAGCAGACGGUUGACCAUGGAGCAGAUCUGUAAGAACAAGUGGAUGAGACUAGGAGAUCCGGACCCGGACUUCGACAGGUUGAUAGCGGAGUGUGAGCAGGUGAAGACGGAGAGGGAGGUCGAGCUCAUCAAUGAGCAGGUUCUGAUAGCCAUGUGCGAGAUGGGCCUGGAUCGAGAGCGCACACUUCAGUCCCUACAAACAGAUGCAUACGAUCACUACAGCGCCAUCUACAGUUUGCUGGCCGACCGCCUCAAGAAACACAAGACUCUGCGUGUUGCUCCGCCCACACCGCGCUCCAUCAGCUAUCCUCUUAACAGCGUGCAGCAGACGGAUCCGCAGGGUAAUCCCGUUAGCAUGACCGUUCCACACGUCCAGCUCAUCAACCCAGAGAACCAGAUCGUUGAGCCGGACGGCAACAUGGCGCUGGACAGCGAUGAAGGGGAGGAGCCGUCCCCCGAGGCCAUGGCUCGCUAUCUGUCCAUGAGGCGGCACACCGUGGGAGUACCAGACCAAAGGACGGAGAUGCAGGAGGACCUCCAGAAGCUGCCGCCAGGUUUCCCUCGCGGUGCGGUUCCCCAGCCCCCUUUCCCCCCGCUGGUCCCCACCAUGGGCCAAAUGCACGCUCAUAUGCCCGCACAGAGCUUGCAGCCCACACAGCAGCUGGAGUACAAGGAGCAGUCCUUGCUGCAGCCCCCCACCCUGCAGCUGCUCAACGGCAUGGGGCCUCUCGGUCGAAGGGCUUCCGACGGCGGGGCCAACAUCCAACUACACGCUCAGCUCCUCAAGAGGCCCCGGGGGCCCUCGCCGCUUGUUGCCAGCCCGCACCCGAUCCCCGCAGUCGCUCCGGUGGAUGAGGAGGGUUCGGACGGAGAGCCCGACCAAGAGGCCGUACAGAGGUACCUGGCGAACCGCUCCAAGCGGCACACGACGCACGCGCUCACGAGCACUUCGCAUGGCGAGCCCUCGGCAGAGUCACAGCGGCCCCAGGGCCCCCGGCAGAGGGGGGGCUGGGCCCCCGACACACACACCCGAUCCAGCUAUAAGGACUGUAACACCCUUCAUCUCCCCAUGGAGCGCUUCUCACCCGUCAGGCGCUUUUCUGACGGCGCCGCCACCAUCCAGGCCUUCAAGGCUCAUCUAGAGAGCAGCCUCAUUAAGCAACUCAAACAGGAGUGCGAGCAGCUCCAGAAAAUGUACGCUGCCCAGCAGGACGAGCGGUUCCAGGAGCACACGCAGCAGCAGCACAUCCUCUACCAGCAAGAGCAACAGAUCCUCCACCAGCAAAUCCAGAGUCUGUCAUUAGGCCACGGAGAGAGCCAGCCCAGCCACCUAACCCACCAGCUCCAGAGGUUGCGCAUCCAGCCCCCCAGCCCCCCGCCGACGCAUCCCAGCAACCACCUCUUCAGACAGCCCAACCAGAGCCCCCCGCCUUGCUCUGCAGGCAUGAUGCAAGGGCACGGAGGCCCCUCACCAGUGCAGUACCAGCACGGGGCUCCUGCACUCUACCAAGGCCAGAGCGGCAGCCCGCCUCCUCGAGCCUCUCUACCGACCAAUCAGCAAGCAGCGUCUCCCCGCCCCAGCGUAGCGUUGGUGCAGGGCGUGCCUCAACAACAGCAGGUGACCAUUCAGGUUCAAGAGGUGGAGCUGGGCGGCGCGGCGCAGAGGCAGGGCGGCUUUUUGUCCACGCCGGGGCACCGGGUCCUCGGGAAGCAGCUGAGCGCGGACAACGCCGAGACGCACAGUCGCAGCCUCGGGCGCUUCACAUCGGCUUACGACCAAGCUCACUUUAACCCCCACCUCUACGCCGGCGACGCCGCCGCCCGGGUGCUCGGCCCGUACAGCCACUACCUGCAGGGGACCUCCCUCAACGUGCCGGGCCUGGAGGAGUACCAGAGCGGGGCGGUGGGCUCCGCCACCUACGGCCCCCCCUCCACACUACAGCAGGCCCUGCUGUCCCCGACUCCUUUUGAGUACCGCCCCCCACAGCAUCACGUCACCCCGACCCUGCAGGGCCUCCUGUCGCCCCGCCACUCUCUAACGGGCCACGCCGACCCCAGGCUGCCGCCCCAGGACCUGGCGGCCCUGCUCAAGAGGCAGAGCCCCCGGCCGUGCCCGUCGACCCCCGCCCUGCCCAGCGGCGCGGCCCAAGAGUACGAAGAGAUGCUGAUCCUCCGCCAGCUGAACCAGGGGGAGAGCCUGGAGCAGAGCGCCGCCGGGGGGCAACACUAUCACCACCUCCUCCAGAUCCGGCCCCCCGAGGUCCAGCCCCCGCCGCAGCAGCACCCGGCCCAGGCGCCCUGCCCCGGCCUACCGCACUCGGAGAGCAUGGAGGAGGACGAGGCACCGCCGGGCUACCCCCACCAGCACGACGGCCUGCUGGCCAAGGCGGCGGAAGCUCACGAGCUGUUGGGGCCCCCCCUCGGAGGCACCCCGCCCUACAACUCCCCUACGCACAGGCACGGCGGCUACACCAGGAACGUUCCGGCAGCGAGAGAACCGGAGCAUGUGGACUGCCGGCCCCAAGGGCAGGCCAUGGAGGUGCCCGACCACAACGGCGUGGGCUACUCAGCAGCUCCCCAGGGCGACGCCUAUAGGUCCCGUGGACAGCUACAGCGCCACCACACCAUCCAGACCUGUGACGACGCCUACGACCAGGCGGAGCCCAUGUCGGGGAUGAGCCUGCUGGCCGGGAAGGCGCUGAGCUCGGCUCGCAUGUCGGACAUCCUCAGCCAGACGUCGCUGACGGGAAGCCAGCAGCUGCACCAGCGGGGAGAGUCGGCGUGUGACGUGGAGGAGGAGCUCCAUGCGCCGGCCUGCUACCCCUCCUCCUGCACCAGUGACAUGCUCCUCAGCUACAAGCCCCCCGACCUGCAGUACAGCAUGGAGCAGGCCGGGGUCUAGCACAGGACGGGGGGGGGGGGGGGGGGGGCGAGGUCUCCUGUGAGCAGCAGCCCACGUCAGCCAUCCUGAGCAGCAUCACGACACACCGCCGUUCCCUGCCCGACCGGGGGCGCUCCACGUGCAUCCGUCAGUCUCCAUCUCUCCUCGGGAGGGGCAAGAGAGGGGGAGUGUGGGUGGAGGCAGACAUUGGAGGUGGUGAAGGGGAGGGGGGGGGGGGGGGGGGGUCACUCAAGAUUGCAACGGUCAAAGUGCCAGCAUUUGGUGCACAGACAUCCAGCAUUUGUUGCCGCAGGUUGGCUUCUCGUUACUCCUCCAGUCAUCGGGGUUCCCCUCCUCCCUCUCUGUGACCCCCCCCACACACACACACACAGAUACACACACGCCCUCGCCUGCCAACACGCCCAACUUCGGCCCUGACCUAGCCCCCACAAACACUUUGUCUCCUAUUAUCGGCUGGCGUACUUCAUCAUGUGCCUCAUCGACCAACGCAUUAAAAGCAUAAAGUCCAAUGAAAUAAAACACACACACACACACACACACACACUGCUGCCACAAACCCAAAGUAUUCACAUUUUGUGUGUGUGUGUGUGUGUGUGUGUGUGUGUGCGUGCGAGGGUGUACGUGUUUUUGCGAGAGGACCCCCCCCCUCUCUCCUGCUGCCCUGUCGCAGCAGAUCAUUCCACAGCGGGCUGAGAUCUCGGCCGUGGCGACCCCCCCACCCCCCCCCUUUUUGGGCCGGGCGGCAGGUGUUUUUGGGUCAUGCUGGGCAACAACAACAAAAAAGGCGCUCCUUCCAAAGACGGAGCUCAGUGACAUCGCACAGGACAAACCAGCUCUCUCAGUGUUUCCUCCUCUGCUCCGGCAUCCAUUCUCCUUCUUUUCAUUUUCUUUUACAAUUCAUUUUUACGGCUAAUGUCCACGUAGGCAUUAUAUUAGUCGAUAUUGUUACUCUUUUUGUUCUUUCUGUAAAAGAGGUUUUAUUAUAAUGAAUAUUAUUAUUAUUAUCAUCAGUAAAGGACAAACAGUUCUGUGUUGCAAGUCAACAUUGUUCUUUGAUUACUUAAGUAAUUCUGCACUUUCGGUUCCAGCUAUCUCUUCCCACCUCCUCCCUCCCCCAUUGACCGGUGACCUCUUUGCUCCUUCCUCCCUCCCCUUGUCAGUGGCAGUGUAUUGCAUUGUGGGUAGUUUUUACCAGACAUUUGCUCCUUUCCUUGUACAGUGAUGCCAUGUAUAGACGCUAUUGCAAUUUCUGUUGCUUUGUUUGAUUUUUAGAUGUUGGGGAGGCUUUUUUAUAUUAGUAUUGUUUAUCAUUUGUAUUUUUGAAUGUCUUCAAAGUAUUUUCUUUCUUUGUUAGUUUUUUUUUUUUUUUUUAAUCUUGAGAUUUCUAGCCAAACGACAGAGAAGAGAAACGGAGCUCUUUCUGUCUCGUAAAAAAAGAUUGUUCUUAUUUGUUUUAAUAUUUUAUUAUAUCGAGACACUUGAAUAAGAGGAGAGUAAUUAUUUUGUGUUGCUUUAAAAAGUAUCAUUUUAAUUCAAUGUUGUGACUGUUGUUCUUGUUAAUGUUGGGCCUGCUUUCUGUUAGGGGGGGGGGCGUGUAUACAGGGUCAGGCUGUGGUCUUUGGGUCGGUUCGGGUGCUACAGAGACUUGAUACAAGAAGAAAAACAACAACUGAGGGAGUAACUUGUAAUAUAGCUGACAUAUCAUCCUAAACACAUCCCGAGUGUGGAAACGGACAAUCCUCCUCCUCCUCCUCUCUGCACCUCCCAUCCGCUGUGACGGCCCCUCUCCUUGCUGGACCGGUUGCUGUGGCAACUCUCUCUCUCUCCAUCCUCUCUCUGUCUCAUGACUGACGACGAUGUCGGCGGCAGAGGAAUACGUUUCAAUUCCUGGGACCCUCUAUUUAUUCUCCCAUAUACAAUAACACACACCCCCCCCCCACCCCAUCCCGGCUGCAGCGGUUGACUUUUCACACGCCGCGUACACCCCGAGGCCUUCAUCAUCAUCAUCAGCACCCUCCGCCAACACGCGCUCCCCUUCAGAGCAAUAGGAAGCCGCUUUAGUGUCUCUGAAGCAGGACGGAGUCAUGAGAUUAUUGUUUUUUCCGAUUUCUUCCUCGGAGCCGGAGCGGGCGUCUCUUUGGGCCGGAAGGAGUUUGUUUCCGCUUCGUCCUCCGGCUUUCAGACCCCCCCCCCCCCCCCCCCCCUCGCGGGUUCACCUGAAGGAGAGGACAAGCCGGGCAGACACGGAGGACACUGCGUGUCUGUUGUCCCCGCGGCAGGACAGAAACUCUUAAGUGAAGCUCGUGUGAAUGAGUAAUGGUUCACACACACACCUUCAGACCCCCCCCCCCCCCUUGUUUCCUUCUCAGCUCUUCCACCCCCCCCCCCCCAAACCUCCCUUCUGCUCUGCUCCUGUUUCUUAGGUUCAUUCUGUUUUCUAUCAGUUCAUUUUUGUCUCUUUUCUUUUUGUUUAUGUUCAUUUAUUGUUGAGUACAAAAAUACUAAAGUGCAACAACAAUGAUUAAAAAGAAUAUCAACCAAACUGAGAUGAAUAAAUAUAUAUAAAUAAAGAACUAAUUUAAAAA